AUGCCUCUGCGCUCCCUCCGCCCCGGCCGUAGCGAACGAGACCUCAAGCGACGGAGUACCCUCGACCCUGCCGGCUUCUUCAAGCGCGCCGACAAGGACGCGCGCUUCGACAGGUCGGCCGAGAAUCUGGACUCAGGCCGAAUCGCUGCCUCUGAGGAUGGCUACCGUCCAACAUCCACCGACAUUGCGCGGCCCUCGACAGGCCACGAUGAUGAUGAUGACGACUCCCCGCCUUCUCCACCCGUACAGGAACACACUCCCAACACCAAGCGCUUCAGUCUGAUGCGCUUCCGCCAUGCCUCUGAUCCGCAACUCUCCGCCAAGGCAAAGGAACAUGCCGCCCGGGACGACGAUGCACCGCCCGUCCCUCGCGUGCCCGGUAAUCCUGCGCCGCCCGCAAUCAUCACCACUGCACCCACCGUAGCCGACCACGAAGACGAGGACAAGACUCCGCCCAAACGGAGCAGGAUGCAACAGUUCGCCCUGCGCCGGCGCUCGUUCGAUCCGUCCACGUUUGACAAACCGACGACGCUGCGCAAGUCGAUGGAGAAGAAGCGGAAGCCACUAGGCUUCAAGAAGAGUCAUGGAGACCUCCUGGACGAGAAGGCGCGAGCCUCGACGAGCAGCCAACGCCGCCCCGACGUGCUUGCCGAAUCGCGAGAAUCUGCGGAAAGCACCACUUCCCUGGCUCCUCCCACCAGGGCAUCCGAGUCGUCCAGGUCAGAUGGAAGCUCCGGUGGACAUAUUUCUUUUGAGUCGACCCCACGACCCGCUCACCCGGCCCGCGUUGGCUCUGGACGAUUUACCUUUGGCCGUCGAAAACAGCGUGCAUCAUUAUUUCCACUCCCUAUGAAAAUCGAGCCUCCGCAGUUCCCCGACACAGCGCCUGCUACACCACGCCAGUCCACCGGCGCGAGGAGUUCCGCCUCAAUCCAUCAUUCACCAACCGAAAGUCCCCCAUUGACCGCCCGGCGCUUCACCCAUGGAGAAUCUGGGGCACAGACGCCACCAGUCCCUUCUGCAUCGCAAGUUGCUCUAGCUGCUGGUGCUUUGAAUUUAGCCUCAUCUGGUCCAGGCACUCUCUUUCGCAACGACUCGUACAGGUCAACCCGAUCCGCUCGUACCUCGCCAAACAACAAUGGUUCAGCUCGCAUGGGGCUUAGGGGGCGCUCAUCGACCAUGGGAUCAAUGGGCGGGCGGUCGGACGGCGCAGGUUCGCCAACACCACCUGGUGGACCCAGCGGAAGAAACUCUACCUCCACAGCAGGAAGGAGUAGCUUCAGCAAUUUGUUCGGCCUGAGUUCAAGAUUUCGUCAGAACUCCGAGCCCCAUUCACCUAGGCAUGCUUCACCUGCUCACGGCCUUUUAGGAAGCUCAGCCUUGUCUUCACACCAAAAUUCCAUGAAUAUCAGCCGGGAAGCACUCAUAUUACCAGAUCGCGAAGAGGGUGAAACACCUGGGCGGUAUUUGGAAAAAAUCGAGGCAAACAACUUCGACAAGAGCGUCGUUGCAAGCUAUCUCAGCAAGACUGACGAUCCGUUCCUUCUCGCAGUAUUACGAAGCUACAUGCGAAAAUUUGCUUUCUUCGGUGAUCCAAUCGACAUGGCCAUCCGCAAAUUACUCAUGCAGGUUGAACUACCCAAGGAGACGCAGCAAAUCGACCGUGUUCUGCAGGGGUUCGCUGAUCGGUAUCACGAGUGCAACCCCGGCAUCUACAUUAACACAGACAAGGCUUAUUUCAUAUCCUUCUCAAUUAUCAUCCUGCAUACAGACGUAUUCAACAAAAACAACAAACGCAAAAUGCAAAGGCCGGACUACAUCAAGAACUCUUCCUGUGAUGGCGUCUCGGCUGAUGUCUUAGGUUGCUUUUACGACAAUAUUGUCUAUACUCCAUUCAUCCACAUCGAGGACGAGGUCGACCUUAAGAACAUCACCUCGAAGAAAAGCAAGAGAACUGCAGUGCUCAAGGGGCCAAUGAACGAUCCAGCGCGCAAAGCGGCCAAGGAACCCAUCGAUCCGUACACACUUAUCUUUGAAGGAAAAUUAGACGCCCUCCGUCCUACGAUUCGAGACGUGAUGCAACUGGACGAUCCUUACAAUUACACUGGCACUACUGCGACGCUGGACACCAAGAACGUUUACAAGUUAUUCUCCAAAUACGGCGUCAUACAAAUCGUGUCCUCUCGAUCAAGACCAGAAGCUUUCAUGUCCGAUGCUGCCCAAGAGAACCCCUUCGGCACCUCAGUUGGUAUCGUCGAAAUGCCGGUCACAAAAGUUGGAGUCUUGUGGAGAAAGGACACAAAGAAGAAGAAGGCACGAUCGCCUUGGCAAGAAUGGGGUGCUGUUCUUACGCGGUCAGGAUUGUCUCUUUUCCGAAACUCUACUUGGGCGAAGAACUUGAUGAGCCAGCACGAUCAACAUCUCAAGCGUGGUGAGACUGGCCCAGUCGUAUUCCAACCUGCACUUCCCGACUUCAAGCAAGACCACAUCAUACCCAUGGAUGGUGCGGUCGCGCUCGUUGACAACACAUACAAGAAACAUAAGAAUGCGUUUGUCAUGUUUUCAAAGGCAGGCGAGGAGACGUUUCUGGCCGAUAGCGAGAAGGACUUGAACGAAUGGCUAGGCGUGCUAAACUAUACCGCUGCGUUUGAGACACUCGGCGUUCGAUCAAGAGGCAUGAUCGGUGGGCUGUAUGAAGGCCAAAAGAACCGUGGCAUGCGACGCCUUGAGUCAUCGCAUUCUACCAAGACAAUACCAACAGCUACUGGCGAUGUGACGAUACAAAGUGGCAAGAUCGACAGCCAGUUUGCAACGCAAAUGAUGAAUGCUCGAAAAGAUCUUAUGCAAGUGCGCAUCACUGAAUCUGAGGACAGGCUUACCAAUGCUAUAAAAGAGCUGGAAGCACGCCUGCGGGAUGCGAGACAUCUCCAGAUUCUUGCACCUAUCCAACCAAAAACUCGCGAGCUCGUCAUUCAUGCUGCGGGCCGGUUGUCAGCAAAGCUGAAAUGGAUACGCAUUGACAUUUGGCGGAUGAAAUGCCACCGUGACAUUCUGGCUCAGGAGCUGGAAGAUGAGAGGCAAGGCAUUGUUGAGCAACAAGCACAGAGUGACCGAGCCUCAGAGCCUACCCAAGCACAGCAGCCACAACUUUCUCCACAGCAGUCGAACAGAACGUCAAAAGUCAGUGGACUCGCGCGGUUGACUUCAAAGACCAGCUCAAUGACCAGUGGACCCAAGCAGGUUCCCCUGUCUCCUACUUCAUCAGCUCGUCCAGGUACCAAAUCUUCUAGAGAUACUGAUUUUGGUGGAGAUGAAACUUUCAAGACACCACCAGAGACGACACAGUCAAGCCCUAAAGACCCUUCAGCACAGUUCCAGGCUUCGCCCAUGUUGUUUUGUCCCAGCACAUCUGACCGUCGAAGCUCGUUUGCCAGCUCCUCAGCACAGUCUCCAAGGAUGUAUCCUUCUGACCAUAGGCCCUCGAUAUCGACAACUGGCGACGGCACAUUAGGCUCAGAUUCUGACUCCGAUUCUGAUGAUGAUUCUCGCUACGCUACUCCACCUCCAGGUGAGGUGGGUGACCUGGAACCGAGAACGCCAGAGCCCACACCUUUCGAGGGCACUCAACCGGAAUCUGCCGUUGAUGUUGACUAUGAGCAAUCUCUCGCUGCUUUGACAGGGUCGCCUAGAUCUCGUACAAAGCAAAGAAGAAGUCUGCAUCGCACUCUUCGAGAAUCCCGUGGCAGCUCUUCUCACCGCCGCGGCCACAAGGGUAGGGACUCUGCCUCUACGAUUACCAGCGAAAGCACAGAAGGUGACGGGGGACUGGCGCGUAGCAAGGGUAGCUUUACCGUCCAUGGCAAGAAGGCGUCCGUCAUUCAGUUUGGUGGCGAUUGGCACAAUACCACAGCAGAAGAACGCUUGAAGACAGUAAAACAACUCCAAGAGGCGGCGGAAGCAGUCUCCCCUGAUGAGAGGGAUGGCAGCGUUUUCAGCCAUGGCACGGCGGGGGCGCCCUCUCCCGGGAGCGGCGGUAAUGAGCCGCUUUACGUCCGCAAGAUGUCUGCAGACACUACAAAGUCGCGACACGUGUCAUCCCAGACAAUCACGCCUGCAAAUUUCCGCGAAUCAUUCAGAAUAGACCAACCUGACUCUGAUGGCGAGUCUGACAUGAGCGAUAUUGCGGAGGAAACCCAACGAACCUCAGACGACCAGCCAACGACGAAGGGCCAAAGUCCAAUCACCGAACACGUGGAACGACCCAUACAUAGUCCAAGGACGACCACAGCAUAA